GGGGCGGGGAGCCAACAUGGAGCCCUCGGUGGAAUGAGGGUGAACCUGCGGCUGCAGUUUGCUCCUGCUUUCGCGCCCCAGCAUGUUGGUGCACUUACUUCGGGUCGGGAUUCGGGGUGGCCCUAUACCAGGCAGGCUGCUACUGCCCUUUCGCUUCCAGACGUUCUCAGCUCUCAGGUACUCUGAUGGCUGCCGGGGCUCCUCCCUCCUUAGGGCCGUGGCUCAGCUUCGGUCCCAGCUACGGGCCCACCUCCCUUGUGUACCCCCAGUGUCCAGCCGGAGCCCCUGUGCCUGGGGCUGGGCUGGGGGAGCCUUGCUGGGCGCCGUGGUGCUGAGUAGGGGUCCCCGCCUCUUCCUUGUGGCGCUGUGUGAGGCAGAAGAGGCCCCUCCUGCCCGCUCCGUGCCUCGGGUCGUGGAGUCCCGCUUUAACUGGAAGCUCUUCUGGCAGUUCCUACGCCCCCACGUGUUGGUCCUGGGGGUAGCCAUCAUGCUGGCCCUGGGUGCGGCGCUGGUGAACGUACAGAUCCCCCUGCUCCUGGGCCAGCUGGUGGAGAUCGUGGCCAAGUACACCAGGGACCACAUGGGGAGCUUCAUGGCUGAGUCCCGGAACCUCAGCGCGCACCUGCUUGUCCUCUAUGGCAUCCAGGGCCUGCUGACCUUCGGGUACCUGGCGCUGCUGUCCCACAUCGGCGAGCGCAUGGCUGUGGACAUGCGGAGGGCCCUCUUCAGUUCCCUGCUGCGACAAGACAUUGCUUUCUUUGAUGCCAAAAAGACAGGGCAGCUGGUGAGCCGACUGACGACCGAUGUGCAGGAGUUUAAAUCGUCCUUCAAGCUCGUCAUCUCCCAGGGACUGCGAAGCUGCACCCAGUUGGCUGGCUGUCUGGUGUCCCUGUCCCUGCUGUCCCCACGCCUCACACUGCUGCUGAUGGUGGCUACACCCACCAUGAUGGGCGUGGGCACCCUGAUGGGCUCAGGGCUCCGCAGACUGUCUCGCCAGUGUCAGGAGCAGGUCGCCAAGGCGAUGGGUGUAGCCGACGAGGCCCUGGGCAACGUGCGGACCGUUCGCGCCUUCGCCAUGGAGCAGCGCGAGGAGGAACGCUACGGGGCGGAGCUGGAGGAAUGACGCUGCAAGGCCGAGGAGCUGGGCCGGGGCAUUGCGCUCUUCCAGGGCCUCUCCAACGUCGCCUUCAACUGCAUGGUCCUGGGCACCCUGUUUAUUGGGGGCUCCCUUGUGGCCGGACAGCAGCUGACAGGGGGAGACCUCAUGUCCUUCCUGGUGGCCUCCCAGACAGUACAGAGGUCCAUGGCCAACCUCUCUGUCCUGUUUGGUCAGGUGGUGCGGGGGCUCAGCGCUGGCACCCGCGUCUUCGAGUACAUGACCCUGAGCCCCUGCAUCCCACUGUCCGGGGGCUGCCGUGUCCCCAGGGAGCACCUGCAUGGCUCAGUCACCUUUCAGAACGUGUCCUUCAGUUAUCCCUGCCGUCCUGGCUUCGAGGUGCUCAGAGACUUCACUCUGACGCUGCCCCCAGGCAAGAUCGUGGCCCUCGUAGGCCAGUCUGGGGGAGGAAAGACCACCGUGGCAUCCCUGCUGGAGCGCUUCUAUGACCCUACGGCGGGCGUGGUGACACUGGAUGGGCGAGACCUACGCACGCUCGACCCCUCCUGGCUCCGGGGCCAGGUCGUGGGCUUCAUCAGCCAGGAGCCAGUCCUGUUUGGAACAACCAUCAUGGAGAACAUCCGCUUUGGGAAGCUGGGAGCCUCCGAUGAAGAAGUGUACGCCGCGGCUCGGGAAGCCAACGCCCACGAGUUCAUCACCCGCUUCCCCGAGGGCUACAACACCAUCGUUGGUGAGCGGGGCACAACCCUGUCAGGGGGCCAGAAGCAGCGCCUGGCCAUCGCGCGUGCCCUUAUCAAGCAGCCCACUGUGCUGAUCCUGGACGAGGCCACAAGCGCCCUGGACGCGGAGUCCGAGCGGGUGGUGCAGGAGGCCCUGGACCGGGCCAGUGCAGGCCGCACUGUGCUGGUCAUCGCACACCGGCUGAGCACCGUCCGGGCAGCCCACCGCAUCAUCGUCAUGGCCGACGGCCGCGUCUGGGAGGCCGGGACCCAUGAAGAGCUCCUGAAGAAGGGCGGGCUUUACGCGGAGCUCAUCCGGAGGCAGGCCCUGGACGCCCCCAAAGGCCCCCGGAAUCCACAGCACAAGGCCUAGAGCAGCCCUCUGAGUGUCAGGGCCAGGGUGGGGCCCACUGCAGGGAGCCUGGGGGACCCAACCCCAGAAGGGCCAGCGUGUCCCCUGUUCACAAUAAAGCCUGGGCCGAGCGGCUGGGUAGUGGGAGGGUGGGGGACGCACUCCUGUCUGCCCCCGACUCCUUCCGCCAGGCUGCCUCCUCCUGCGUGCCCCAAGGCUGCUGGUCAUUGAUCCCCAGGCCCUGGGCUCUGUCCUCUCCCUUGCCCAGCCCCUCCCCAGCCCAGUUCAGCACCUGACUGCUACCUGCCAGCCUGAUGGGAAUUCAGACCUGGACUCCGCCUCUACCCCAUCUAGGAUCUCGCUUGUCUGGGCUGGGACUGACUACCACUCCUGAGUCCCCACUGCCCCCUGGGCCUGGGAGAAGGAGCCCACUGUAAGCCCACAUCCUCCCUGCUCUAGUAACACAGUCCUGAUUUCCAUAUUGCCCCACCCCCAUGCUCAGUGGGACAGGGGCUAGCAGGGCUAGCUCUCGGGUCCAGGUGGGAAGGCAGGGCACAUGGUGGUACAGCCCAGCCUGCCUGGCUGGCUGCCUGCCACUGCCCCACCUGUGUGCCUCAAGCCUUUCACCCCAGUGAGACUGGACCAGCCACUUACACUCCGAGAACACCCAGCUCCGAAGGACACAGGAGGGCGCAGGUCCCCACCCAGCGCUGUCAGCUGCAGAGCACACGCUGUUCCCAUCAGGAGCUGUUACCGUCCACACAGCCCAGUCGACCCAACUGCCUUCCUGGAGUGCUUGGAUGUGCUCGAGGACAUGACAGGCUGGAGCCUCACCUGGAAAAGGGAUUUGAGCACACAGCCCGAGGGAUGCGAGUCCAUGGCCCAAAGCUACAGACAAGGCAGGCUGGGCUCCAGUUAGCUUCUGUGAGGCCAGAAAGACACGUGGGGAGGGCCCUUGGGCCCAGGAGCAAUCCGGACCUGGUGUCCUGCUGCAGAGGCACCAGCAGCCUUGCCUACACCCAGUGCUGAUGGCCUCACACCUUGGUACUGCUCACACCACUUCCGUGUCCGUGUCGGGGACUCCAUGAAGGCCUGCUCCCCAGGGUGAGGGUGGGGGUGCCUGUACUGCACCUUCACAGCCAGCUGAGAAUUUGAACUCACCCCGCAGCUGCUGCUGGGAGCCCUGCGUGUACGAGGAAACUGGCUCAGUAUGAGUGCAGGAGCCAGCGUGGACGUCUGGUCUCUCGUGGGUAUGGGUUGGACCAGAAGCUGCUUGGGGACAAGCUGCCGCAGACCCCAGGGCCUUAAUGGCCUUCCCCCUGACGAUCAAGACUGCAUUUCUGUCAGCGACAGCCCAGGCAGCAGAGCUGUGGGCCUUCCCCAGUAAAGCCCUCCUGGCAUGGUGCAGCCCAGCAUGGUCAGCUUCCUGGCCAACUGCCUGCCCCUCCCUCACAGGGCACCUGGCCAACGUGGGUCCCGCCACAGCUGUCUACACCCCAGGACAGCCCAUACCAGAUUCCAGUCUCCUUACAGCUCCGGGGGCUGCUCUGAAGGGCCUUCCUUUUCCCCAGUCCCCCGGGGAAGCAGUGCAGCCUCCUCUCAGCUUUGGCCCCAGGAGGCCGGCUGUACCUGUAAGAGUUCAGAUGCGGUAACCUGUGGUAAAGCACUGAAAGAUGACAAUGCUACAGCCUUGGA